UACGACGACCGCAGCGACAAUGAGUAUGAUUAACGUGAAGGGCAUCAGCCGUAACAUGAAGAACGUGGUGAAGAACUACUCGGACGCGCAGGUGAAGGUGCGGGAGGCCACGUCCAACGACCCGUGGGGGCCCUCGUCCACCAUCAUGUCGGAGAUCGCGGACCUGACGUACAACGUGGUGGCCUUCUCCGAGAUCAUGCAAAUGGUGUGGAAGCGACUGAACGAUCAUGGCAAGAACUGGCGCCAUGUGUACAAAGCGCUGGUACUGCUCGAGUAUCUCAUCAAAACGGGCUCCGAAAAGGUGGCCCAACAGUGCCGCGAGAAUAUCUUCGCCAUCCAGACGCUGAAGGACUUCCAGUACAUCGAGGAGAAUAAGGAUCAGGGCAUGAAUGUGCGGGAGAAGUCCAAACUGUUGGUCGCGCUCCUCAAAGACGACGACAAACUCAAGAACGAGAGGACGCGAGCGCUGAAGGCGAAGGAGCGGUUCGCGCAAUCCAUGUCAUACAUGGGUCAGAGCGGUAGUGUGGCUGAAGGGCUGUCCAAAUCGUCGUCCAGCUAUCACGAGUCGCUCUCAUCGCCGGGCGACCCGGCGUUGAGCGCCGCCUCCCGAGCCGCGGCCUUAGCCUCGGAGUUGGAGAACGCGAGGCCGCAGACGCUCGGCGAAGAGGAACUACAGCUGCAGUUGGCGUUAGCCAUGAGUAAGGAGGAGGCGGAACAGGAGGAUAGGCUCCGCAAGAACGACGACCUGCGGCUACAACUGGCCCUCACAGAAAGCGAGAAGAAUAAGGCGUUGAGAGCGGCGGAGGAGAAGCGGUCGGCCGUCGACGAGCUGUUGAGUCUGAACAUCGGGCCGAGCGUACCGACCGACCCGUGGGGUCAGCCCCUCAACAAUAACGGCCUGAAAACGAGUCCCAUGUUUGGCGGCAACGGUAUGAUAGCGUCGCCGCCCCAUCCGACCGACAAAGUAUCGAAAGACCCGUGGAGUUCACCGCCGCCUCAAGCCCUCAGCGCUCCACUCAUCGACAACAAAGCCGGGGGCGACCCCUGGGGCCCAGCACUUAACAACCACUCGUCGCGACCCAUGUCCGCACAGAACGACCCCUGGAGUACUAGUCUCACAACGUCGCCCACAAAUAUGGAUCCCUGGGGUUCGAGUGAUAUGACGAGU